CCGAGCAUGGGAAACUUACCAACCGAGUGGCCCCGCCGCCUUGGCUUUCCUGCAAUGUGCAACGCGAAGCAACGCGUGAGACUCGGUCAUCCGAGGCGCGUCGCAACACCAUGCACCGCUCCACGCAGCCGCAGCCACAGCCACGCAGAAACGAGGCGGCUCUGGCUCCGGUCAUGGAGGAGAGGCUUUUCCAUGGCUUGCGGCAUCUGCACCUUACUUGACCCGAAGAAUAACUACCUAGGUACCCCUACCUAGCCAGUCAAUUGAUCCCGCACCACUACGACUGUAGCCGCUGCCCAUAAUGGCCGCCCGAAAGGGUGCCUCGUUGCAGCCUCCGCCCGAGCCCUCACUCCCUCCCAAGUUCACCAAAAUCCGGGCUGUCCUGGACGAGCAGGUAUCCCCCGGGGGCUUUGUCAAUGUCAUUGGGUUGGUGAAAGACUGCCAACUGCCCAUUCCAACCAGCGGCACCGACUACAAAUGCACUCUCACGCUGUGUGACCUCUCCACCGAGGACGGCGAGCAGCAUGGGCUUAAAUUCGUCAUUUUCCGCCCAGAGGCCAGCAUGCCGCAGGUCGCGGCGGGGGAUGUCGUUCUCGUGACCAGCGCGCGGGUGCAGAGGUACCAGGCCAAUCCGCUGUCUCUCAUCACGAACCGGACCACGUCUGUCCGGGUCUAUGCCGCCUCAAAAAUCCCACAUCCACCGCAGUCAGCUCAGAUUGCGCUCGCCCCCGGCGUGGCGCCCGAUAAGUAUACGCCCGGCCCCCAAGAGCACGCCUAUGUUGCCUGUCUCUACCACAAGAUCGACAAGUCCUUGAUUCCGGAUGAGCAACAGUUCCAGGAGCGCGCCGCGCAGUCCCUGAAUGUGAAGUCUAAGUUCAGCCUGCUCAAGGACGUGCAAGAGGGCGGGUUCUACGAUCUCGUCGUCCAAGUUGCCACAGAUCCCUACGUAGGGCUCGAUAUGACCUCUCUGUAUGUCUCGGACUACACCGAAAACCCCCAUUUUUAUCCGCACGCAUGGCAGGGGUUAUCCGACUCGACCUUGGGCGGCGGCGACCCGUACGGUUACGGCUAUGCCUCGCCCAGCACUCCCCCGUCAAACAAGCAAUGGGUUGGACCAUAUGGAAAGAUGACCAUUCAGCUUACCUGCUUCGAGCCGCACGCGACCGUCAUCCGCGACGAAGUGCGAGCCGGUCAGUGGAUCGCCUUACGCAACGUCCAGAUCAAGUACGGUCGCGAUGGCCGGUAUCUCGAGGGCUUUUUACGCGGGGAGAGUAAUGAUGCCGAUCCUACUAGAGUCAACGUGCACGUCCUCGAGACGCAUGACCCCGAGACGGUAGAUCCAAAACUAAAGGAGGCAAUCCGCCGCUGCCGCGACUACACCAGAGAGAAGAACAAGCAAAUCAAGGCCGUCAAAGCUGCUCAUGCUGUAGGCUUGAAGCGCAAAGCUUCCCGCUCCGAGGAGCCGGGAAAAGAUCACCUGAACGCGCGAGAGCGUCGCCGGUUGGCGCGGGCGGCAGCGGAACAAAAGGAGAAGCAAAAUCUCAUCAACGAGGAGCUGCGCCUUAAUGUUAACGACCGAAUCAUCUGCGAGGCACACAACGGUGCAUAUUCCACUGUCGAAUCCAUCCUCGAGCCGACUGUAUACGAGACGACCGUCGACGGCGAGAACGCCGCCCUGGUCCUGCCCUUCACCUGUGCAAAGUACACAGCCCGCGUCCGCGUGGUUGACUUCUUCCCGCCUGCGCUCCAGGACUUCGCCUGCAGCCGGGUGCCUACUGAAUUCGACGUGCUCUCCGACAACGAAGAUGACAGCGACUGUCCAUCUUCAUCGUCCGAAGACGAAGCGGCAGCCGGCGCGAACCGCAUCUGGGAGUGGCGCUUCGCCCUGCAGCUCGAAGAUCCGGAGCCCCCUCCCACCAGCACGAGGAAGAACGGCGGCAAAACCGGCCAGCGACCCCGCCUCUGGGUCAUGGUCGACAACAUCGAAGCGCAGUGCCUGACCGGCCUGGACGCGACCGACCUCCGCGCCGACGACAGGGCGCUCGCGCAGCUGCGCGAGCGCAUGUUCACUCUGUGGGGCGAUCUGGAAGAGCACAAGGCGCGGGCAGCGGCGCGAGAGAGGUCGAGAGGUGAGCAGAACGAAAAGCAGGGCAAAAGCCGCCGGCCGCCGCGGCCGCCGCUGGACAGCUCCGAUGCGGAGGAUGACGGCGAGGGCGGAAACAUCGGCGAGGUUGUUUCGAAUAAGCCUUUCACCUGCUGCAUCCGGCAGUAUGGGAUCCGCGCCAAGGACCAGGAAGGAGGCGAGAAGUGGGUGAGAUGCUUCGGGCUGUUCGGGACCAAGAUAUGUACUUGAGAACUUGCCAGGACGCGGAAGCAGUGUCGUGGACGGGUAAAUGAUGCGGGCAGGGCGGCACCAUUUGUGCUUGACGUUCAGAUGUGAGCAGACGUCACAUCACGCCCGUCCGGUAACUACGGAGCAACGAGAGGGCAUGAUUAUCCAGUGCGUGGUAUCGUAGACCACAGCACAAGCUAUACAAUGCAAACCUAGCCGAACAU